UCCGGCCCGCCCACCCCAGGAGGAGGCGCCAAAGCGCCGGGCUCAGCUGGUUGGUGCAGAGCCGGCCUGCCCUGCUUGCCUGGGCCACGUCCGCCUUCUUGCUCGCUCGCAGGCGAGGCAGCCACCAUGGCGCUGCGCGGGGUGCGAGUGUUGGAGAUGGCGGGCCUGGCGCCGGCCCCUCUCUGCGGCCUGAUUCUGGCCGACUUCGGCGCGCAGGUGCUGCGGGUCGACCGCUCGCCUCGCCCGCCCGUGGGGACCGACGUGCAAGGCCGGGGCAAGCGCUCGCUGGCGCUGGAUCUGAAGCAGCCCCAGGGCGCGGCCACGCUGAGGCGGCUCUGCAAGGAGGCGGACGUGCUCCUCGAGCCCUUCCGACCAGGUGUCAUGGAAAAACUUGGACUUGGUCCAGAUGUCCUCCUUCAAGAUAAUCCCAAACUCAUCUAUGCUAGGUUAACAGGAUUUGGCCACUCGGGAAAAUAUGCCAGAAUGGCAGGUCAUGAUAUCAACUAUUUGGCUGUGUCAGGUGUGCUGUCAAAACUUGGCAGAAAAGAUGAAAAUCCUUAUGCUCCCCUCAAUCUUCUGGCUGAUUUUGCUGGCGGCGGUGUCUUGUGUGCAUUGGGCAUUGUGAUGGCGCUUCAUGAGCGUACAAAAUCUGGUAAAGGGCAAGUCAUUGAUGCAAGUAUGGUAGAAGGCAUAGCAUACCUAAGUUCUUUUCUUUGGAAAUCACAAAACAUGGGCCUUUGGAACAGGCCUCGUGGAGAGAAUCUGCUGGACAGUGGUGCCCCUUUUUAUGAAACAUACAAGACCUCAGAUGGGAAAUUCAUGGCUGUUGGUGCUCUUGAGCCACAGUUCUAUGAGCAGCUCAUCAAUGGUCUGGGUUUAGAGCCUCAGAAACUUCCCAGUCAGAUGAGUUUCUCUGACUGGCCUGAAAUGAAGAAGAUGUUUGCAGAUAUUUUCUCCACAAAAACUCAAGCAGAAUGGUGCAAAAUCUUUGACAACACAGAUGCUUGUGUCACACCAGUUUUGUCUUUUGAUGAGGUUGCCUCACAUCCACACAACAAGGAACGUGGUUCUUUUCUUAAAAAUGACCAUCAAGAGAUAAGUCCUAGGCCUUCCCCACUUCUUUUCAGGACCCCAGCUACCCCUUCUUCCAAAAGGGAUCCAUUUAUAGGAGAACACACUGAAGAGAUCCUCUUAGAAUAUGGUUUUUCCAAGGAAGAGAUAGCACAGCUUUGUUUUCUGAAAGUAAUUGAAUUCAAUAAGCCAAAAGCUAACUUGUAAUAUAAAACUGGACAGAUCAAGAGCCCUACACUGGCAAAUGCUUUUUCUUGCAUCAUCGGUGCUAUAUUCUCAGCUAGGGAAAGGUUUGGACAAGAUCCUCUGCACUGAACAUUUUUCCAGAGGUUGCUUUAAAAAGAUGCAAGUGUUGUAGCAUUUGGAGUUGUGUAUGCUUAGUAUCAGAGUUAUACUUGGAUUAAGCUGUCAUUUGUGAAAAAGAUCUACUGUUGGUCUUCUGCUCCUUCUCUGCCAGUGCCUCUUGAAAGGCAUCUGUUCAGGGGAACUAAUCAAGACCCAUGCUGAUCAGUGGAUCUUCAUAUAGUACUGAUUCUUAUAUUGCCAGUGUAGAUACUGGUAGCUGCCUCUACAAACACAUGAAGAAAUUAUUCAUCCUGAAGUGAGGCAGAUUCUCCUGCUACACAAAUAUAUAACAAUAAAAAUGUGAAAGAUGCAAUUAUUAAUACAUUUCUUCCUUCAAAAUUGUAUCCUAAGAUGCUUCAAGUCUUUUCAAAAGCCUUAAAAGUUUUUCUCACUAUGCAAAGAAUUAUAACACUCUUCUUUUUCUUCAAUAAGCAUUUUAUUACGUCUUAAAUGAUAGGGACAAUAACUUCCCCAAAAAGUUGGGUUUAAAAAAAAUUUAAAAACAUGUCCACAGGACAGAGAGAACAGGACUUUCCACAUUACUUGGUUUUUCAUCUUGUAACAAAGAGUGAAGUAAAUACUUGCCUCAGAUGUUGAUGUUAUGGACACUGACCAGUUCUCUCUCUCCCUCCUCCAAAUACUUUAUCAUUUCAAAUACCCUGGCUACAUUCUCAUGUAAUGUGGAACCGAAGAUCUAAUGGACCUGCCAUUUUACACACACACACACACACACACACACACACACACACGCACCCCCUGUGUACUUACCUGUCCGCCUGUGGACAUAAGAGCCAGGACCUGAACUGCAGUCAGGUAUCUGCAGGGGGAUGGUACUGGUUGCCGGGCUUCUUCCUUCACAUGAAGGACAGCCGUGGCAGCCAGUCAGACUGGAGAGAGGAAGGAACUUCCUCAACUCCAGUUUCGGAGAAUGCAGCCUUAAGUUCAGAAUUCGGAUGUACAGCAGCUGGCUGCAAACCUCAGGCAGGAGCAGUGAAACUACAGACCAAGGGUUCAGAAUUGGAGUUUGGAGAGGGAAACAUAAGGUUGCUUUUUCAACAGGACAGAGGUUUCAUGUAUUUAUGUACAAGAAAUCCAACCUCUGCCCCAUUUAACUCUGCUUUCCCAUUACAUGUGAAUGUUUGCUGUUCUGCAAAAAGUAGCUUCUUUUGCAUUCGUGUUGGCCAAACUGCAUCAAGACCCUAUUAAGAUUUACAUCCAAGUUUAUAAUUUGGACAAAUGAUUUUAUUCUAUAUUUUAAGUAAUAUUGAAGAAUUUGUGUCUUUCUAACACAGUCAUACUGUUCUGCUUUUGUGUUUGAAAUUUACUGUGUGGUUGUGUGGGGGCUUGUGGUCAAAACAAUUAAACAUUUAAACUGAUGGGAUUAAAAUGUGGUACAAUGACUAUUGGGAUGUUAUAAUGCUUGAGCUGGUAAAUUACCUAAAGACAAAUGAUUUUCAUAAAAUGUUGUAACCAUUUUAAAAAUGUACAAAUAAAAGCAUAUAGUUCUUUUA